AUGUCCGUCACGCUCGAGUUCUUCACCACCCUCGCCUGGCGCGACGAGAGGCUCAGCUUCCAGCACCUGACGCCCGGGAAGGAGACGCCGGUCCCGGCAACGCAAGCGGAUAGAAUGUGGAUCCCUGACUUCCAGCUGGACCUCGAGGGAGGGCAGCCCAAGGUCCUGGAUGAGAAGGUCAUGAUCACCACAGCUAACAACGCUACUUUGCCCGCGUUUAACAGCAUAGAGAGAGAUCUGACAUAUCCCGGAACAGAAAACGACCUCACAGUGACUCGCCAGUUCAUCGCGAAGUUCGCCUGUUCCUUCAACCUCCACACUUACCCCUUCGACAAGCAGGAGUGCAGCAUCAACCUCCAGCUCUCCCGCGCCUACCAGGACCGGGUCAGCUUCUCGCUCGAGGGCUGGACAGGGACCUACACCGGCCCAGAGGAACUCGCUCUCUAUACGGUCAAGGGCUGGGCGGCCCUCUUCCUCAAGGACCUGAACGUGAGUGCGAAUCUGUCGCUCACGAACCUCCUGGUGCUGUAUACUCUCUUUUCCAACUUGCUUCGCUCCGUCCCCGACACCGCCGCCGUCAAAAUGAUCGACAUUUGGUUCUUCUUCGCCAUAAGCCUUCUCUUCCUCAACAUCAUGGUGAUCAUCUUUCUGGACUACGUCGCCGGCUUCUUCCUGAACGCCCAGACGGAACGAGCCCCAAGGACACGAGUCUCGAAAAGAUACGAGAGGAUCAUGUCGCUGUACAGAUCAGCGAUUCCCUUUGCGUUCCUGGCUUUUAAUGUCUCUUAUUGGUGUGCAUAUUUGAAGGUUUGCAAGGUUGCACAGAAUUGCAUUCCAUCAGAAAGGGCAUUCCAGAAUGUUGGAUAA